GCCCGGCGUGGCGCGCUAGGCGUGCGCGGCCGCCGUGCGGCGAGGCGUUCCCACCUCUUGCGCUGAGGGAGAGUAGGGCGCGCCGUCGGCGGACAUGUCCCAGGCUUUUGGCGCUGUGGACAGGGAAGAGGAGCCGGCGGAGGAAGAUUGUCCUGAACUGGUCCCCAUUGAGGCGAAGCAGAGAGAGGAGGAGGAACAGUCUGGCCCCGGCGCUAAGAUCCCAGUCACAAUUAUCACCGGGUAUUUAGGUGCUGGGAAGACUACACUUCUGAACUAUAUUUUGACAGAGCAACACAGUAAAAGAGUAGCAGUUAUUUUAAAUGAAUUUGGGGAAGGAAGUGCAGUCGAGAAAUCCUUAGCUGUGAGCCAAGGUGGAGAGCUCUAUGAAGAAUGGCUGGAACUUAGAAACGGUUGCCUCUGCUGUUCAGUAAAGGACAAUGGCCUUAGAGCUAUUGAGAAUUUGAUGCAGAAGAAGGGGAAAUUUGAUUACAUACUUCUAGAGACCACAGGGUUAGCAGAUCCUGGUGCUGUAGCUUCUAUGUUUUGGAUUGACGAUGAAUUAGGGGUUGAUAUUUAUCUUGAUGGUAUUAUAACUGUUGUGGAUUCAAAAUAUGGAUUAAAACAUUUAACAGAAGAAAAACCUGAUGGCCUUAUCAAUGAAGCUUCUAGGCAAGUUGCUUUGGCAGAUAUCAUCAUCAUCAAUAAAACUGACUUGGUUCCAGAAGAGGAUUUAAACAAACUAAGGACAACUAUUAGAUCAAUAAAUGGACUGGGGAAAAUUAUAGAAACACAAAGAUCAAGAGUUGAUCUCUCUAAUGUGUUAGAUCUUCAUGCCUUUGACAGUCUCUCUGGAAUAAGUUUGCAGAAAAAACUUCAACAAUUGCCAGCAAUACAACCUCACCUUGAUCAGAGUAUUAUUACAGUCACAUUUGAAGUGCCAGGAAAUGCAAAGGAAGAAAGUCUCAAUGUGUUUAUUCAGAAUCUUCUAUGGGAAAAGAAUGUGAGGAAUAAGGAUGAUGACUGCAUGGAGGUCAUACGACUAAAGGGGCUGGUGUCGAUCAAAGACAAACCACAGCAAGUGAUUGUCCAAGGUGUCUAUGAGCUGUAUGAUCUGGAGGAGACUCCAGUGAGCUGGAGAGAUGACACUGAGAGAACAAAUCGGCUGGUUCUUAUUGGCAGAAAUUUAGAUAAGGAUAUCCUUAAACAACUAUUUAUAGCUACUGUGACAGAAACAGAAAAACGGUGGACAACAUACUUUAAAGAAGAUCAAGUUUGUCUGUAAAAUAGAAGCAUUUCUUAGCAAAAGGAUUGGAUGAUAAUGUUAGGAAUAUGUUUCCUACUGGGUGUAUAUCAAGCAUCUGUUCUUUGCAUUACUUCUGUUAUGAAUUCCAGUGUAUGUUAAAAUUAUAUUUAUUUUAUAGAAUACAUAAGAUAUAGUAAAGCAGUACUAUAAAACAUUUGACAUUUAUACAAUAAAAUAUAAUAUUCUCUUAAGUGUUUUUUAAUAGACAAAUGUUUCACAAAAAGAUCUUUCAGAACUGGCUUUGGAGUUUACAUAUGCUGAUUUUCUCAUCCAUGGAAGUUAUUCAUAAUAAUGAUGAUAAAACAUACUUCAACAUUGUCAUUUUCCUUUAGAACUUCAUAGAUAUAUUAACAAAAAAUUUUGAAAGCAAAUAAUGUCACCAUUUUUAUUAAAUGAAAUAAAAGAUUUGUUGUGGCUAGAGACAUAUAGGUGGAAGAAAUCUGAAUCAAAUAAAUUAAUUGGUACCAUC